AUGAUAUUGCCUAAAGAUCUGGAAAAUAUUGGAAAAAGUUGUUUUGUGUAUUGUUUACAACUUUCCAGAGUCAUUUCUUCGAAUAAAAUCAAAUCUAUUGGAGAUUCGUGUUUUGGUAAUUGUAGUAAUUUGGAGGACUUUGAAAUACCAAAAGGAGUCACUUCGAUCGGAAACAAUUCGUUUUUUAAAUGCUCAAAACUCAAAAAUUCGUUUGAAUUCGACUGUUUAACUGUAUUGGGUAAAUCCGCAUUUGCCGAGUGCUCUAAUAUAACAACAGUGAUCAUCAAAGGUACUGUGGAAAGAUUAGAAGAUAACACUUUUGAUAAUUGCAUUUCACUUGUUACCGUGGAGCUGCCCAAAAGUGUCAAAAUGAUCAAAUCAGAAUGUUUCAAAAACUGCAUAAAACUUGAAAAUUUUGUAUUACCAGAAGAUGUCUGUUAUAUCGGGUUUCAUGCUUUUUUAAAUUGCAGUUUGAUAAGAAACGUGAAAAUAAAUCCAAAUGCAUUUUUUGUUAGUAUGGGAGCUUUUUGUGGAUGUACAAAUCUCGAAAAGGAAGGGAAAAUACCAAAAAUGUUUUCGAUGGCUUGCAUUUUGAGACGAAAAGCAAAAAUACAAAGGAAUUUUUAUUUAUUUAAGAUAAAUAUUCUGAAUUUAUUAGACUUAAAUUAA